GUGCGCUGCAGGGACUAAAAUCCGGCGGCUUGCUGCCUGUUUUCGGCUGUUUUCGGGCUCUUCCGGUCAGCAUGGCGCACCUGCGGCUCCUCCGCGCGGCGGUAACGGAGCGGCUCGCGGCGGCGGCGGAGGAGAUCCUCGUGCUGGUGGAGAGAGUGAUGGUGGAGCGCGAGGACGAGCUCAUCCGCCUGUACGCACCGACGCCCGCGACUGUCGGCGGGGACGCGCACACAGGUCCGGUCCAACACACUCAGCACCUCCAGGAGUCUGAGCCGCCGACCAUCAAGCAGGAGCAGCAGGAGCAGCAGGAGCAGCAGGAGGAGGUGUGGGUCGCUCCUCAGGCAGCAGAGGAUGAUGUUAAACCAUUCAAGCAUGAGCUGCCUGAGGAGGAGGAGGAGGCUCAGAUGGUGGAGAUAAUGAAAGACGAAGCCCAGCCGGGCACUUCCUGCAAGGAGCCCGCUGCUCCUCCUCCGCAUGGUGCUCCUGCUGUUGGUGAAGGCGGUGGAGGAGGUGGGACUUCCUGCAGCUGUAAAGUUUGCGGGAUGACGUUCAGCUACCGGGGCUCUCUGCUGAACCACGCCGAGACUCACGCCGCCGCCGAGUGCUGCCUCUGCAGCGUGUGCGGCGAGCCGCAGGCUGACCGGCAACGCCUGCUGGAGCACCUACGGACACACCUGAAGAGCCACGUCUGCAAGUUUUGUGGGAAAAGCUUCCAGCGGCGGGUGGAGCUGAAGGUGCACACGCGCAGCCACACGGGCGAGAAGCCUUUCAGCUGCCGGCUGUGCGGGAAGCGAUUCACCCGCAAGAACAACAUGGAGAUCCACAUGAGGACGCACACUGGCGAGAAGCCAUACCACUGCACCAUCUGUGGGAAGGGCUUCAACAUCACCUCCUCCAUGAUCCGCCACGCCCGCACGCACACCGGGGAGAAACCCUACAGCUGCUGCGUGUGUGGGAGGGGCUUCACGGCCAGCUCGGACAUGAAGAUCCACAUGAGGACGCACACGGGCGAGAAGCCCUACACCUGCCCCGUGUGCGGGAGGGGCUUCUCUGCUGAGAAAACAGGAGCACACGCGGACAAACUGUAG